AUGGCCCGGUGGCCCGCACCUCCUCCGCCUCCGCCUCCGCCUCCACCUCUUGCCGCGCCGCCGCCGCCCGGCGCCUCUGCUAAGGGGCCGCCGGCGCGCAAGCUGCUUUUUAUGUGCACCUUGUCCCUGUCUGUCACCUACCUGUGCUAUAGCCUCCUGGGCGGCUCGGGCUCCCUGCAAUUCCCCCUGGCGCUGCAGGAGCCUUCGGUCACCGCCGCCGAGCCCCCGCCGAGCCCGCCGCCACCCUCUCUGCCGCCUCUCCCCGUGCGCCUCGGCGCCCCCUCGCAGCCGCCUGCGCCGCCGCCGCUGGACAACGCGAGCCGCGGGGAGCCGCCCGAGCCCCCUGAGCAGCCAGCUGCCCCCGGGGCCGACGGCUGGGGGCUGGCGAGCGGCGGCGGAGGCGCCCGGGACGCCUGGCUCCGGACCCCGCUGGCCCCCAGCGAGAUGAUCACGGCGCAGAGCGCACUGCUGGAGAGGGAAGCGCAGGAGUCCAGCACCACCGACGAGGAGCUCGCAGGCCGGAGAGCGGCCAACGGGAGCAUCGAGAGGGGCGGCGCCGUCAGCACCCCAGAUUAUGGGGAGAAGAAGCUGCCACAGGCACUUAUCAUCGGGGUCAAGAAAGGAGGGACCCGCGCGCUGCUGGAGGCGAUCCGAGUACACCCGGACGUGAGGGCGGUGGGCGUAGAGCCGCACUUCUUCGACAGGAACUACGAAAAGGGGCUGGAGUGGUACAGGAAUGUGAUGCCCAAGACUCUGGAUGGACAAAUCACCAUGGAGAAGACUCCGAGUUACUUUGUGACAAAUGAGGCCCCCAAGCGCAUCCACUCCAUGGCCAAGGACAUCAAACUGAUCGUGGUGGUGAGAAACCCCGUGACCAGGGCCAUCUCCGAUUACACCCAGACGCUGUCCAAGAAACCCGAGAUCCCCACCUUCGAGGUGCUGGCCUUCAAAAACCGGACCCUAGGGCUGAUCGACGCCUCCUGGAGCGCCAUUCGAAUAGGGAUCUACGCUCUGCACCUGGAAAACUGGCUCCAGUAUUUCCCCCUCUCUCAGAUUCUCUUCGUCAGUGGCGAGCGACUCAUAGUGGACCCUGCCGGGGAAAUGGCCAAAGUACAGGAUUUUCUAGGCCUCAAGCGUGUUGUGACUGAGAAACAUUUCUAUUUCAACAAAACCAAGGGGUUCCCUUGCCUAAAGAAGCCAGAAGACAGCAGCGCCCCCAGGUGCUUGGGCAAGAGCAAAGGUCGGACUCAUCCCCGCAUUGACCCCGAUGUCAUCCACAGACUGCGGAAAUUCUACAAACCCUUCAACAUGAUGUUUUACCAAAUGACUGGUCAAGACUUCCAGUGGGAACAGGAAGAGGGUGACAAAUGAGGCUAGAGAUGUGGAGGGAAGGCUAGUGAAUAACUAAGGAGGCUCCUUCUCUGAGUCCUGAAUCCCCCAGUUUCUGCAGCUUCACUUGCCGGAGUGCCAAGCACAUCUCCUCCUUCAUCCGGCUGGGGCUGCCUCCCGUGCCGUUGGCUUAGGCAAAAGGUGGAUCCCACGGCAUCCCAUGGAAGCAUGAGGCCUGCCUGGGAAGCAGCACCUGGUUGACCAGAUGGCCACCAUCUUAUCUUCUGCUAGUUAAUAGAAUCUGAAGACAGAGGAUAAAUAGCUGCCAAUGUCAGAGACAG